UUGUUCGCUUUUAUGUUUUUUAUUGAGAAUUGUAGAAAAAAAGCCGAAGAGUUCCCUUUGCAAAUGAAUCUCUGUCCUGGGGCGAUUCCAAUCGCAACUGAUUUGAGCUUAUUAAAUUAUUUUAUGGCAAACGUUGGCACUACGGUGGUGGGAGGUCGGCUCCUUCCUAUCAUUGGAAACUGUGAUUGGCACGCGUUCUGACGCUUGCGCGAAAAACCCGACGCCGGCACGUCCUCGCGAUUUUCCGAAUUCAGUCGUCGACUGAAAUCAACGCGACGCACCCGGCUUGACCGAUCUUAGCUAACGUACUUGACAGGACCGGCUGUCACGACUUUGGAUAUCUUAUUUUAUCCAUUUUCAUUUUACCCAAGGCAAAUCAUCUUCAUCUUAGUUAUAAAUCAAUGAAGCACCGAAUAAUUCAUCAGUAUAUACACGAGGUUGAAUUGAUAUUCUAAACGGGAAAAAUUGCUGAUAUCUUCAUUUCCAUGUCAGCGACAUCAGUCAAGAGUGACAUAUAGAAGACACUGAUUAUUUGGAAAUUCAAGAUAAACAACAAUGUAUUUCACUGAAGAUAAUACUAAGUCUGAGAACAACACGUGACUGCGAUACAAAAAGAAAACGGAAACCCACGUACCAGAAUUUCAUCCACGUGUAUCCAGUAUUUCAGAGUAGCAUUUUUAAAACUAUAUUUCCAUAAAUACCAUUAACAAAUCCGUAACGUGUUCGCGGAACCGAAAUUUAUCGGAUAAGGCCGUAAUCUACUCCUUGGUUGAAUGAACGAAACACCUGUGCCACGGUCGUUUCUCCCGCCCAGGCUUACAAUAAACUAUUCUCAAGAGUGAGAGAGAGAGAGAGAGAGGGAGAAUGGCACAAGAGAUAUAAUGGGAUCCAAGCGAGAAACCGGAAGUUGAGAUGAGUCUGCCUUGUUCACUAAGAAAUUUAUUACCUCGUUAAAGGCAGUAAGUUAGUCAUGCGUCGAUCAUUUUGGCUGUCAUGCUAAAGUGUUCCAGGGUGCCAAGAUCAUUUCUAUUGAAGUACCAAGUGUUCAGUGCUGAAUGAAAAAAAGAUGAAUCGUCAAUAGAAAGAAAAGGAAAGUGGAAGCAGAAGUUAAUCCUGCCCAGAAACAGCGUCAACAGGUGGCCGAGAUCCAUUCCACAAGAAACUGAGGAGCCAUCGCACUGAGAUUCAGUUAAGCUUCUGCCUUUCUUUUUUAUUGGCUAAUAUAUAGUAUUCACACGUGAACUCUAUCAUAUUCAAGUAUUCGACGAAAUGCCCAAAACGAAGUUUAGCGAAUCCUCGUGUAUCUUCAGUGAAACUCGUGAAACAGUGAAACUCAUGGAAUAACUUUUAAUUCUCCCUGUUUUACCAUGAAUCCGGAACAAUAGAGAAAUGGCUUUAUGGAGUUUUUUCGAGGAUUAAUGACCGCUUAUGCUCCCAAAUAUUUGCACCAGCUGUCGUGGACACAUCCGCUGUUUUAUAUCGUUGACGCCAACGCUUUACAUCAUACUUCAUUGUGUUAGGAAAAUAAUCCAUUAAGGAAUCGCACAACCAGGAUGACGCACUGAACGGAUGAUACAACUUCCAUCGUUAUUAGUAGCGUCUUCAGCUAUCUGACGACUUUAUCAACGUAAUCAACGGAUCUGACCUAAAUAAAGUUUGGAGCACCCGAAGGACAUGGAGAACCUUACGCAUUAUCGAGGAAACGGCAGCGACGGCUUUUCCUAUCACGAUCAGGAUAUCAUGUCCAAUCCCGUGGUACAGAUAAUCUUCUGCAUCUUCUAUGGAAAUAUAUUUGUCCUUGGUGUCUUUGGCAAUGUCCUUGUAUGCUUCGUGGUAGUACGAAACAGACAAAUGCAGACCGUGACAAACCUCUUCAUCACCAAUCUAGCACUCAGCGACGUCCUCCUCUGCAUCCUCGCUGUACCCUUCACACCCCUGUACACCUUCUUGGGCCGCUGGGUCUUCGGAAAGACGCUCUGUCAUCUGGUGCCCUACGCUCAAGCUGUCAGCGUUUAUAUAAGCACCCUGACCCUGACGAGCAUCGCUGUGGAUAGAUUCUUCGUUAUUAUUUAUCCAUUCCAACAGAGGAUGAAGAUCGAAGUUUGUCUGGGCAUCAUCGUCGGGAUCUGGUUGAUCGCACUCUUGGUCACGCUACCUUACGGACUUUAUAUGCAAGUCGAGGAGCACCUUCAGCGGGAGACGGAAAGGAAGAGGAUCUUCUGCGAGGAACAUUGGCCAAGUGAAUCCUUGAGGCAGAUCUUCAGCUCCUUGACUUCCUUCUUGCAGUUUGUCGUCCCGUUCUUCGUCAUUGCCUUCUGCUAUAUUUGCGUGUCCGUUAGACUGAAUAACCGAGCGAAGAGCAAACCUGGAAGUAAGACCAGCAGAAGAGAGGAAGCUGAUCGCGAGAGGAAACGACGUACUAACAGGAUGCUCAUCGCCAUGGUUACCAUAUUUGGUAUCUCGUGGCUUCCUCUGAAUAUUAUCAACGUUGUCAAUGACUUUUACUCACAGAUCAAUGAUCUGCCAUACUACAGAUUAUGUUUCUUCAUGACUCACUGCCUUGCCAUGAGCAGCACGUGCUACAAUCCAUUUCUCUACGCCUGGCUCAAUGAUAAUUUUCGCAAGGAAUUUAAGCAGGUGCUACCCUGCUUCAGAAGAGGUUACACCGAUGGUACAUCGAGGACGACGGAAAUUUGCAGAAGCGACAGAAUUUGCAAUGGUAAUGACACCGUGCAGGAGAGUCUCCUACCUUGUCAGACAAUACCUAAAGCCAAUCAAUCCGGCUGUGAGAUGAUAACCUUGGAGCUGUCAACAAAUAUCUCGAAGGAUCCAUCGAGGGAGAUGGUGCAAGAUCAAAUACCAGAUGGGCAAUCUAAAGACGUGGACGAUGUAGUCCUUUAAAUCAAGCCUCUUGAUCGAGCGAAGCGGCAGAGGAACAAAAAAGGCAUCCGGUUCUCGAUGGAGUUCAGUGAAUAAAUGAAGACCGAGAGAACACGUCUUCGUUUCUACUUUUGUUGCUGUUUGUUGCUGUUGUCAUCCCAGAUCUGACUGUCAUCAUGUAACGCAGUGACAGAUCUGCUUUAGCUUUUCGAAAGCCAAGAAGCUCGUAUAGUAUUCCUCCGUUCAAUGGUCCCUAUCUGUACUUACAGCAUCCCGCAUCGUAUACCCUGUAACAAGGAGAGCUUCAUACGUCUACAAUGGCAACUUGAUAAAUAAUAAUCUCAAGCUUAAGCUCCUUCUCUCCUGCUGAGGAUCCAUGAGCUAUGAUAUCCAGCAAGGAGCAUUGUAAUUCUACUGUAUGGAACUGAUACCUGGAUAUACCUACUUUGACAAAAAGUCUCUAAGCUUCGGAUCAAUAUACGAUCCGGCACCUAUUCGAUGCAAGCGAGUUACUUUACAGUCUUGAAUACUGUACAGAAAUUCUGAAGGAUAUUGAGAUGAAACUCGCAGAACGGACAAUGUAUACUCUAUAUUUCAAAAGUGAUGCUUCUGGAGUUUUCAAGAUUUCUAUUAAUAUUAAGGAAGGUAGCAUCGAUAUAUACCUGGGGUCACAGGUCGAUGAAAGGUAGCCAGUCAAUUCCGUUUUGCGAAGACAUCAAAGAACUUGGUGUGGUAUGAGAUUGGUAGAUGAUGCCAGGUAAUAAACUUAUGUUGUAUCAAUAUAUUAUAAAUGAGCGAACGAACGAACGUAUAAGGAUCAAUGACUGAAUCUAUGUAUGUUUUAAUAAAUAGACACGUGCCGCUUGUGUAGUGAAUACGAAGACGACCUAGGUUUGGAGCGAUUAAUAUGCUCUCUUUACGGUCCACGGGUCAACCUCGUGCAUUUAGUCCAAAUUUAUUUAAUAAUUCAAAUAUGACGCUAGGUCGAUGACGCAACGAGAAGACGAGAAUAGGUUUACGCAAACUCUCGAUAGAUGGCCACGCUAAUAAGUCAUUUUCGAAAGCACGCGUUGCCCAUCUACCUAAUCAACGUUUUACUCGUCCUGUAUACGGCAAACACGCUUCAAUCUGUCUUAUAAGUAUAAUUUGAUCGUAACGCAAAAUUUUAUAGGCUUUCGUCGUCGCUGUGAUCUCCUGAGCCCCAUUCGACCUCAGCGACCUCGAAAAUCUUAUUCAUACGUACGGGAAUAUGGAUUAUCAUAUGCGUGCCCCUUGAGUCUUGCCUGUAUCCCUUAUCGAAAAAAUUUAAUAAAUUGAUGUACAUGGA